AUGCUACCUGGAUGGCCUCUCAUAACAGUUGGAGCAAUCAUAGCUCUGUUCAUGGCGUUUGCUUUACAUCAUAUCGAAGAAGGACAUGUUGGAGUUUAUUAUCGAGGAGGUGCUCUAUUAAGCCGUGUAAGUCAACCAGGAUAUCAUCUAAUGUUCCCGUUUUUUACAACAUAUAAAUCAGUGCAGGUCACCUUACAAACUGACGAAGCCAAAAAUGUACCUUGUGGAACAAGUGGUGGUGUCAUGAUUUAUUUUGACCGAAUUGAAGUUGUAAACAUUUUAUCUUCAUCAAGCGUUUACGAUAUUGUAAAGAAUUACACGGUAGAUUACGACAAACCAUUAAUAUUCAACAAAGUUCACCAUGAAGUGAAUCAGUUUUGCAGUAGCCAUACACUUCAAGAAGUUUAUAUCGAUCUUUUUGAUCAAAUUGAUGAAAAUUUAAAAACGGCUCUACAAAAAGAUUUAAUAAGAAUGGCUCCGGGUCUUUUCGUGCAAGCAGUUCGAGUAACAAAGCCUAAAAUACCAGAAUCAAUACGGCAGAAUUAUGAGCAGAUGGAAGCUGAAAAAACAAAACUUCUUGUAGCUAUACAGCAUCAAAAGGUGGUUGAGAAAGAAGCUGAAACGGAACGCAAAAAGGCUGUUAUAGAAGCUGAAAAAGCUGCCCAAGUAGCAGCUAUUCAUUAUGAACAACAUAUUGCUGAAAAAGAAGCGCAGAAAAGGAUUUCUCAGUUGGAAGAUGAAAGUCACAUAGCUCGUGCAACUGCCCGUGCAGAUGCUGAAUUUUACUCAAGAAAGAAGCAAGCGGAGGGUAAUCAAUUACUGUUAACCAAGGAAUUUCUGGAACUGAAAAGAAUUGAAGCAAUCGCAAUGAAUAAUAAAAUAUAUUACGGUUCUCAAAUACCGAAUGCAUUUCUAGACAUUGAUUUUCCAUCGAUACAGAAACAGUCUGCAAAUUGA